AUGGAUAAGCACUCACUCAACCCGCCUGAAUGGGCCGAGCCGCGCCGAAAGUCACGCGUUAACAAAUGGAAGCUCUUCGGCGCUGGUAUUCUCACCGUCGCGGCAUUCCAUUGGCUCGCGCCUAGCUGCCCUCAUCGCCAACAGCAUCAUCACCAUCAUGACCGCACGACUUACCCAGGCGAGCACAUCGAAUGGAAGCCUUGCGGAGAGAUCAGCAAUCGCUCUGUAGAGUGCAGCAAGAUUGACGUGCCGAUCGAUCAGUUUCAUCCUGAUGCUAGCAACAAAACCUUCAAUGUCCCCAUUAUUCGCAUGCGGGGCAAAGAUGGGAGCAAGAAUAUUCUGCUCAACCCCGGUGGUCCCGGCGGCAGUGGCUUCGAGUUUCUCCACAGACGUGGAGAGCAAUUGAGUACCAUUGUCGGCGACGGCUUUCACCUUGUCUCGUUUGACCCUCGCGGCAUUAACUCCUCGUCCCCACGCGCGUCAUGCUACCCCAGCAAAGAGGCGCGUCAGCAACUUGGGUCAGUGCACGAUAUCGAUAUCGUCAAGGAUGGCGCUGAGAUUUAUGCCUGGACACACAAUUAUGUGAGAGCCUGUGAGGAUACUAUGGGCGAGCAUGGGAAGUACAUCAAUACUCCCCAAACAGCUGCCGAUAUGAACAGCAUUCUCGAUGCUCUUGGUCAGAAGGAUAUGUAUUACUGGGGGUUCAGCUACGGAACUCUUCUCGGCCAAACUUACGCGACUUUGUUUCCCGAGAGGUCUCACAGGGUCAUCAUCGAUGGAGUCGUGAACCAAUUCCUCUGGUACCAAGCUCGCUUCGAUAUGGAGGACCUCAAUGACACAGAGAAUGUCAUGGAUGGUCUCCUCAAGGAGUGCAUCAAGUCCGGUGACGCAUGCCCCCUCUCAUCUAUGGCAGAUUCCUGGGAAGGCCUCAAGGACAAGUUCCUCUCCUUCGUUGGUGAACUGAAGGAACAGCCGAUGAACGUGUACGUCAACAACAGCGUCUACGGUCUUCUCGACUACCAGAAGAUCUGGUAUGGUGCACUGUUCCCGGUUCUAUACAAGCCUCAGUUCUGGGGCACGUUUGCCGAGCGUAUGGAGAAGCUCAUGAACGGGAACGCGACUGAGGCUCUAAUGGCUUAUGGUUUGGAUGAUGGUGAAAACAGUGAUGCGCUCUACACGGUUUCGAUGAACGAUGGUCUCGCGGGACCCCUUCACUGGCCACAGGACCUUGACUCCCUGUUGGAUAUUGUUAUGCCAACCUUUAACCGCAGCGUUUUCGCUCCCGAUGAUCUGGUUUACCUCUUCGCCAAGCAGCAAUGGCGUAUCCCCAAGACGCAUAACUACGUACCACGCAACGGUGUCGAGACAGCACACCCUCUGCUCAUUCUCACCACAACUUAUGAUCCGGUCUGCCCGCUUAUCUCCGCUAGAUCGGCUGAAGCUGCAUUCAAGGACUCAAAGAUCGUCGAGGUCAAGGGAUACGGCCAUUGCUCUGUCGCAGUUCCAUCGCUCUGUCUCGCCAAGCACGUCAGGGCCUUCCUCUACAAUGGAACUAUGCCUGCUAAUGAUACGCAAUGUGAGGUUGAUGGUCCUUACUUUAAACCCAAUGGUACAGCGAGCAUCAUGAGCUUUGAGGAUCCUGAGGAUCAGGCAAUUCAUCUCGCACAGAUGGCAUUGGCGCGUGAUCCUGAGUGGCCACGCCGCGUGUAA